AUUUCAAUCAUCUCCCCCCCUGCAUUUCCCCUUAUAAUUUAGAACACAACGAUAAUGCUUUUAUCAUCCUCCCCCUCUUCAUCACCGUCAUCCCCAUCUACUUUUGUUCCUUCUUCUUCAGUACCAUUCAAGAUUCAGCAUGGAUUCAUCAGACUUCCCUAUCAGCAGAUCACCAAGAAAGGAAUUGCAAGGUCCUAGACCACCAGCUUUGAAAAUCCGCAAAGAUUCACACAAGAUCAAAAAACCCCCGGUAGCCCCACAACCAUCACACCAGAAACCACAGAAUCAACAACAAAUACAGCCACGCCCUCCGGUGAUAAUCUACACACUGUCACCAAAGGUGAUUCAUACAAACCCUAAUGACUUCAUGACCCUAGUCCAACGUCUUACAGGUUCCUCAUCAACUUCCACUUGUUCAUCCACAUCAACUUCCUCCAAUCCCUUUAAUGAUCAUGAUUGUGGUGCAAUAUCGCCAGCGGCAAGGUAUGCUACAAUAGAGAAGGCCAAGUCACCAAAAGAUCAGCUAAAGCAGCAGCUAGGCGGAGAUGUGGGUUUUGUUGAAGGGAUCAUGGAGAUCGAUCAAGUAAUGGAGAGAACAAAUUUGGGUCCUGGUAUUCUGUCUCCUGGGCCCGCUUCACUUCCUCCAAUACCACCAAACUUCUUCUCUCCAGCAUCAGCUGAUCCAAACUCGGUUAGCUUCUUCCAUGAUUUGAGUCCUAUUCUUCAUGGCAACAGGAAUUUUAUUGAGGGUAGUUUCAUGCCUAGUCCUUCAACCUUCUUUUCACCAAGCACUCCAUCUAUUGACCUUUUCAAUAAUUUCAAUACUUACAAUAAUUUAUUUGACUUUUGAUAGUAUCAAGGUAGGGAGAGAUACAGAAAAAUGGGAAAGGUUUUGGUAAUUUUUUCUUAAGCUUAAUUCACUUCGCUUCUGAUGAUAGAAAAAUGGGGUUAUAGUGGAAGUCUGAUCUUUCAUGUGGGGGGUUAGCAAGUUGGAUUGUUCUUAAUGGCUUUAUCUAUUCACAUUUUUAAUUCGGUGGGACAUUUGAUUAGGGCACCUUAGCUAGCCCAGGUAUCUUGUUGAUCAGACUCAUCCCUUUUUGUCAUGUACUCUGUGGCAUACAAUUUAAAACAAUAAAUACCAUUUUAUGCGUUCUUUAUUCUA